AUGACUCUCACUUCUGCCGACUCGCCGCGGCACGCGGUGCCGCAUGAUGCACAGGAGUUGCACGACCGUGCGCACGUUUACCUUUCCUCUGUUGGCCCAACGCUGGAUUCCAUUGAAAACCUCCUGGCAUUGUGGAACCGCCUCAGCGACGUAUCCUCGACCGUUGGCAAGGUACCUGAGGGCAGCAGUUUUCGUAGUGUUCGCAUCGACCCCUUCACCGUGUUCAAGUCCCCACCAUUUAUCUCGGAGGCGGAGAUUGACCGCUCCGUCAAGCAACUGACCGCGAAGGAGCUGAAGGCCUUACACGACGAGUUUGAGCUCACCUGCAUCGACGACUUUGUGUACGUGCACUCCGACGAGGACAGCGAGGCGGGUGCUUUGAGGAGAGCUCAGGCUUCUGUCCACACUGUGCACUUUGGCGACGAUGCAGGAGGUGAUAAAGAGGAAGGCGACGGACACUACAACAACAGGGGGGAAACAGUCGCUGCUGGUGUGGUGCAGAGGAAAGGCGUGGUCAAUACGACGUCACCCAGAUUGGACGCGGGAUCAUCAGCGCCUGCAGUCAAAGUUAAGUCUGCCUUCUCCGACAUGUCAGCCACCUCGAGGGCGACCGCUCUUUUUGAAGGGAAUGCGGUUACAGUCAAGGCCUUCCGAGACACUGUUAGUGAUGGCGGUAGCGGAUCUGAUGGAUCCUCAGCCCAUUUCUUGACUCCUGGUGUUGCCCCGCCGAUGCCUUCAGCUGAUACACAAACGCCGGCGGUGAUCUCGCUGGAGAAGAUACCACCUUCCAUGAUCGCUGCCCGUGGGGAGGCGACGAAUGGUGACGCCUCUGACCCCUCCUCGCGACUGGCCGCCACCUUCUCUGUUGCUGCCAACAACCCGUCUGACUUGCCCUCUGGAUGCACUGUGGAACUCGAGUACACAGCGGACCACUGGAUCCCCAACUCUACCCGGCGCGCGCUGCAGGAGGAUGCAGGGGGUGCCAUCACCGUAACCACCGCCACGACGAACAUGGACACUAUUCCCGCUGUGACGGUGGAAUGCAGCGCGGCACCGGCAGCUGAGAGCACCUCUGCCAGCACCAAGGGGAGCGACGAAGAUGAGGACGAAAUCCGCUCCUUCACCACCUUCUCACGCAUCGUGCUCGCCAAUCAUGCGCGGCGACUGCAGUCGCGACAAGCGGAGGAGGAAGCAUCGCCGCACCCCUCAGCUCCGCAGCAAUCGCUGACAGUUCAAGAGGGCAGGAGGACGGGUGGAAAGGCACAGUGUGCUACUGAUCUCCCUCAAACAGAGAAGAGACCCGCUGCCGCGGCCGCACCAGUUUCUUCUACUACUGCCUUAUCCUCGCAUCCCGUGGCUACGACGAAGCCUGAUGUCGCCCGUGAACGCAACGCCUUCGUCCGGAUGCGCGUCCGCGACGUUCUCCUUGCCAACCGGGUGCGUGUCAUGGACACGUCUGUGCUUGGCGCUGCCUUUUUUGAGAAGAUGGAGACCACCUGGAGCGCUGCUGCCGACAAAACCACACCUAUUCUGCAGAGACUCGAUGCGCUUCUAUGCGAGUCGAGCGCGCUGCUGCAUACGCUGGAGGUUAUGGACCAUCAGGCGUACCGGGAGCGGGUCAUGGACCCCACACAGUACCUCUGCGUCCCGCGCUACAGUGUCGCCUGCGCAGCGGCGGACUGCCAUACACUUUUCUCCACCACUGUCACGCGUGUCAUGUGCGGACGGUGCGGACAGUUCUUCUGCCCCAAGUGCUCUGCUGAGCGAGGGGUGGGGCCCGAUGUGAAGUGCGACGGCCAGCGCUACUCGCUUGGCUGGGAGCCGCUGUGCCGCGUAUGCUAUCAAAUGUGCCGUGACAGCCAGCAGAGGAUAGUGGAAGAGCGCAAUAAUGUGCUGAUGAUCACGAACCAGCCUUUCAACGGCGUACAGACAGGGGAGGCGGCAGGCGAGGAGAGGAAUGCGCAUCACGCUUCUGCUGGAGAGAUGAGCUUGAAGCAAGCGGUUCUCUUCGGUGCAUAUUGCGAUGAGCACCGCUGUCUCAGCGACGGGCUUCCUCCCUUUUACGUGAUUCAUCGCAGCGCCAGCGAGACGGUGCACUUCUGGGAUAUCCUCGGCUACCACUUCGCCAAGACGCAGGGCACCCUUCGACGCGGCUGGCAAAACGCUGGCCACUUGGCGGCUCAAGCAAUGAACAGCGCAGCACAAAUGGUGUCGAGGCGAAAGGGUACGCUGCGGUAG